UUCCAAUGCGCGCAGACCGGCGUCGGAGCUCUGCAGCGGAACAAUCGAUCGGCGUAUUGAACACCCCUGCAUUCAAGCAUUAAAUAGCCGAGAGGUUUUUUCAGCGUGAGGAAUUCGAUGUGUGGCGGGAGUGCGUGAGAUAAGACCGAAAUGCGUGAGUCUCACGCUCAAUGCGUGAGUCUCACGCUCAAUGCGUGAGACUUGAGAGCCCUGUGUUUCUGUACUUUGUUACACAGUGGGACGUUUACUUUGAAUGAGUCGUUGGCAGCUACCUGGCUCAGGCUGCGGCGUUACCGACAGACGUCCGAUCAAACUAAACACACGUGAAACAGAUGUGGGUGGGGCAGGACAAACGGUCAACAGCAACCGUGCCCUUCGGUUUAGCUUCUCAUUUAACAUUUGGGAUGGAUUUGUUAGCUCGCGCCGUCUGAUGGUAGCCGGGAUCAACGACCAACAUUCAAUACAACAAUGUUCAGCUAGCGCAUUAAAAACUUGAAACGCAAGAUGCGAUGCUAUCAUCAAGCGUUUCUCCUGUGCAUGGUCUUCACCUUCUUCUCACUGGUGUACGUCUUCAAUCAACUAGCCUCCACCUUGGAAGACGGUACGGACUGGGACCUGAACGAGCAGGGGGCACCCGACAAGCGCGCUCAUGACACCGGCCACCUUCUCAGGAAAGAGCCCGGACUGGUGGGCCUUCGAGAGAGCGACAGGUGUAAAAAACUGUCAGUUUCUUACUGGAAUCCAUAUUGGAGACUGCCCGCCGAUGUGUGUGGAGUGAACUGCUUAUUGGAAUCAUCUAUUGGAAAGAGCUCGGGCUCUGAAGUCCAGGAACAUGGUGAUGGGAGAAGUCACCUGGCUGUGGUGGCCUGUGGCCCCAGGCUGGAGGAGACUCUUGUCAUGUUGAAGUCUGCUGUUCUCUUCAGCUUAAAGCCACUGCAUUUUUACAUCUUUGCUGAGGAUGAUCUACAUGACCACUUCAGAAAUGCUCUGGACUCCUGGCCCAGGACAGUUCAGUCCAAGUUUAACUUCACCAUCUACCCCAUCACCUUUCCUAAGAAGAAUGCAAAUGAGUGGAAGAAGCUCUUCAAACCGUGUGCCUCCCAGAGGCUUUUCCUACCACUGAUUCUGAAGGAGGUGGAUUCUUUGCUCUAUGUGGACACGGAUAUACUUUUCCUGCAGCCGGUAGAGGACAUCUGGGCCCUUUUUUCUCAGUUCAACUCAAGCCACUUGGCGGCCAUGGCUCCAGAGCACGAGGAGCCACGCAUCGGCUGGUACAACCGUUUUGCCCGCCACCCUUACUAUGGCAAGACGGGCAUCAACUCAGGGGUCAUGCUCAUGAACAUGACGCGCCUCAGGGAGAAAUAUUUUAAGAAUGACAUGACAACAGUUGCACUGAAGUGGGAGGAAAUUCUGAUGCCCCUUCUCCAGAAGUAUAAACUCAAUAUCACCUGGGGUGACCAGGACCUUCUUAAUAUCAUAUUUCACCAUAAUCCAGAAAGCCUAUAUGUGAUUCCCUGCCAGUGGAACUACCGUCCAGACCACUGUAUCUACGGCAGCAACUGUCAACAAGCGCAUCAGGAAGGCGUCUUCAUUCUCCAUGGCAACCGGGGGGUUUACCACAAUGACAAGCAGCCUGCGUUUCGAGCCGUCUACGACGCCAUCCGAAAGUACACGUUCGGCGAGAACACGGAGACCUCGCUGCUUCAGCCGCUGGAGGCGUCGCUGCAGACCACCAGCAACACCUACUGCGGGAGAGCCAGCCACCUGUUCACCAAGAAGUUGAAACGGAGCGCCGCGUCCGCUCGACAAGACGCAACGCAGAGAAGAUGACCAGGACGGGACCGAUAUCACGGGUAUGACGAUCAGAGUCUCGGAGUCGUGGAUGGAAGACGAGUCCGUCCCAGCCACAGGCCGAAGGCCAGCCCUCUGGUUCUGUUGCGACAACGAAGUGGAAGCAAUUCUUUCGGGACGGUGACAUGUGGAAGUUGUGUCUGCUGGUUCAGAGCAGGAACACAUUCACAGAACUGGAGUUGCUCCAAGAAGGAGGGUUUGGGCUUUAAGAGGUAACUUGAGGCCCCGCCUCCUGACCAAUCGGAGCCUGGUGCGUGGAUCGGGAGAUAAUCUUAAACGAAUGUGAAGAAGUUUCAACGUGAUAAUGGAGGGAGAAAAGCCAGACACGUUUAACUGCCAAAUCCAGAGAAGACAGCUGGCAUGAAUGCGUCGCUGUAAAGGUUCGUAACGUCUCGGCCUCGUCCAGAGCGCCGUGGAGCUGACCACUUGUUGCUCGUCCGUUGAAUUCAUUUGAUGCUUAGGUUUCUAUGGAUGGCCUUUAUUACACAGUAAUAAUGUUAGCCUCGUUCCUUCUGCUUCAACGCCGGUGGUGUGGAACAGACUUUGUAGCAAAUCUUAAAAGAAAUAGGCUAUAAUAAUAAAAAGAGACGUACUUGGACUUUUUAUAGUGCGUCUUAAAAGUAGCGUACUUAGUGAACCUAGGACUGAGCACAUCGAAGCUUCAUUCAUACCGUUGACAUUCAAAUUGGAUCAAGAUUAGACUCCACUAAUAUUAGUGCAUUGUAACGUCCAAAAUCCACAUUUAUUGAAAUAAGAUGUGAUAGUUGCCCCAAAACAUUCUGCUUGAAGUUAUUCAACAUUGUGGUCUCCUGCAGGCAAUACACACCUGUAUUAAUUAACCCAGGCGGUUAAGCGGUAAUCUAACAGUACUAUAAAUUACUUUUAUGGAAACACAAUCACAGAAAAUGUCUUAUCAUAUAUUCUCUUAGCAUAUUUUAAUGUAAUAUUUAAAUGUUUGUGUGUCAGAUGUUGAGCCGUGUGUCGCAACAUGUCAGCGUCGUGCCUUGCCGUCCCGCAGACUAAGACUGGUGCUUUUAUGUUUUGCUGUGGGCGGGGGUUAUAAUUUAAGGAAGACUACCUUCUUUCUUUAAAUCCUGGUUUUUAUAUUCACGCUAUAUUUUUGUUGUUGAAUGUGCUCCAAGUCCGUUUCACAACUCCAGGGCGACAGCUGAACGAAUAAGACGAACACGCCAACAUGUCCUCACAGGCACGAGUAAAGUAUCUUCGAUUCUAAAAGAAUACAUUGAUACAGAAGAAUACACAAAUGUAAUAAUAGCCAGAUCCACUCGAGAGGAAGCGGGCGUAAUGUAAGUACGCCUUCUAAUUUGUGCAUUCACACAGCCGGCUUGUUGACGAUUGGCCGUGUGCCGACAACUUUCUUCUCAGUGACCGACGGAGAAACCCCGAGUUAGUGGACGUUGUCGGUGGACCGAGAUAACCGAACGAUAACCCGGGUAUGUCGAACUCGCUCCAGAGUCCAGGCCUGUGCUCAUGUGAGAGCACACACACGCGGGUCAAAGAUCAACGAGAAAUAAUAACCGAAAUAAUCCCAAAUAUUAAUAAUAGACGGCUCCAGAGUCACGGUCAAGGUUUUGACUUUGGGAUAGCUCUGGUGGUUCUCCCCGCUGAGCUGGAGGACAUCCAGCCUCGGGGCAACGCUCGGACCAUGAUCUGUUUACAAGCUGCGUGUCACGAGUAGUCCUGGCGAAGGGUAAUCCGUCCGGUGAACACGCCAUCGGGUCACGAUGCACUGACACUUUGAGGAGGAACCUACAGUCACCUUGAAGCAGUUCGAGGUCUUUUAGAGAAAAACAGAAACUACAGGGUACUUCAAUAUGUAUAUCGAGAGUAUUGUAUUUGAUUUGUUUUAAUAUAAUGCUGUCUUUUUGUCACUGGUAUGUGAUGGAAAAGGUGUAUUAUUGUCAGGUACUUGUUAGUUUCACAGCAAUUAUUUUCCUUUUUUUAGUCGACAAAACGAGACUAUCAUUUCAUGUUCUCUGGUAUGGGAGUUUGUAUUUUCAGUAAAAUUUAAACAUGUAUUUAUGUAACCGGAACAAAGUUGGGUCUCAAUCAAGUGUCAUGACAUCUGCUCCAAGACAAGCUUUAGCAAAAAUAUUUGCACUUUUAAAUUGAGAAAUUGGGGAUUGUUAUAGAACACAAAAUCAUGUGUGAUUUAAAAUGUGUUUUCUGUAAACCAGCGUAGACAUUCAAAUGGAUGGGAAAUAAAUAUUUGUAUAAAAGAG